AUGGUGAAGUCGAAUCUCGACCUGAUCAACGAAUGCGACAAAUUUCCAUACCACCAAGAUGACCCAGCCUUCUACGCCACCCACAUGAAAAAUUUCUACCAAUUCCGCGUAAACGGCUGCGAUGCUGUUCUCGGAUACAUCGUCAAGUCCGUCGCGGAGAAAUUCUACUGGCCCGAAGACAGCUGGGCCGUGGACUCAACCCAGCAAACCGUUACCCUGACCACGCCAGUCGACGCGACCCCAGCCCAACGCACACAGCUCGUCGCCAAGACACUCGACGAGGCCGUCAAGCGCGACACCUUCCAGAUCCUCAAGGGUUGGCGCAACGAGAUGUACCCCGUGUUCGGCCCGGGGGGCCAGUUCCUGCUCGAGAUGGAGCGCUCCGCGAGUCCGCUGUUCGGCAUCGUAUCGUACGGCAUUCACUGUACCUGCUAUGUGGAGGAUGAGCAGGGCCUCCGGAUCUGGGUGCCCAGACGCUCGCGCACCAAGCAGACGUAUCCCGCCAUGUUGGAUAAUACCGUGGCGGGCGGGAUGAGCACCGGCGAGAAACCGUACGAGUGUCUGGUGCGCGAGGCCAUGGAGGAGGCGUCCCUGCCGGAGGACGUUGUCCGGGCGAACGCGACGGCCGCCGGAUGUGUCUCGUAUAUCUAUGUGCGGGACCCGCGCGCGGGCGGGGAAACAGAUCUCUCGCAGCCUGAGGUGGAGUACGUUUACGAUAUCAAGCUCGGGACGGAGGUUGUUCCCAAGCCCUGCGAUGAUGAGGUCGAGGCGUUUUAUCUAUACACGGUGGACGAGACGAAGAAGGCGUUGGCGAAUGGCGAGUUCAAGCCGAAUUGCGCGGUGGUGUUGAUCGAUUUCUUCAUCCGCCACGGCAUUCUGACGGCCGAAAACGAGCCUGAUUUUCUGGAGAUCGUAGCGAAGAUGCAUCGCCGGUUGGAGUUUCCCACGGCAUCUCACUUUGUGAAAUGA